UCAGACCACUCGUCUUGCUCUGGGGUGAAUGGUAAUCUGCAGAAUGGACGUUUCUGAGUUGUGUCGGAGUGUGGUUUCAUAAUGACAUCAGAGUUGCGGGACGUGAUUAAUCACUGGGUUUUUACUCCGUUGUCAGAUGACAUAAUUUCAGAAUUCACGCAGCUAGUCAGACCAAGUAGGCUAUGGAGUCUUAAAAGCGGGUCUGCACCCUAUCUCUGUCUCACCCACAAACAGAUACCCGAUGAUGAGAAGGGGUAUAAGUUGGACCUCUUCUGUGUCCCCAAACACUAUGAGGAGGAUUUAGACCAGGUUAUCAUCCCCCAUGGACUGAUCAUGGACAGGACUGAGCGCCUGGCUCGUGAUAUAGUCCGGGACAUGGGGGGACACCAUAUAGUAGCACUGUGUGUUCUCAAAGGAGGUUAUACAUUCUUUGCCGACCUGCUGGACUACAUCAAGGCCCUAAAUCAGAACAGCGAUAAGUCUGUCCCGUUGACUGUGGAUUUCAUUAGGCUAAAGAGCUAUUGCAAUGACCAGUCUACAAACAUUGUCAAAGUUAUUGGAGGGGACGAGCUCUCAACUCUAACCGGGAAGAAUGUUUUGAUAGUUGAGGACAUUGUGGAGACUGGGAGGACUAUGGAGACACUGCUAUCACUGCUGAGUGAAUGCAAUCCAAAGAUGGUCAAAGUCGUCAGCCUUCUGGUCAAGAGAACACCAAGGAGCUCAGGAUACAGACCAGACUACAUCGGGUUUGAGGUGCCAGAUUUGUUUCUGGUGGGAUAUGCCCUGGACUACAAUGAGUACUUCAGAGAUCUCAGUCACAUCUGUAUACUGAACGAGAACGCAAAGGAGAAGUACAAAGUGUGAGCUGAGGCGAUAGACAGAUGGAUGACUAGAGACUAGGACCACUGUGAUGAUCCUGAGCUUUUUAGGGUUCUGAACCUUAUUGUGAACACCUUACCUAUUGUGAAUUCAGUUUGCAAGAUACUAUUUGAGAAAACAAAAAUGUAUUGAAUCCAUAUUUUUGUUCCCCUAGAAGCAAUGGGAUGAGUUAUGUUUUUAAGUAGAGGAUUCGUGUAAAGAUAGUUAUGGGAGUACACUUUUUUUAAUUUAGAUUUGUUAUUCUAUAUUAUAUUGGGUCCUUGGAUACCUCUCAUCUGAUUUAUGUUAGUAAGGAUGGAUUUUAUGUUGCUUAAUACAAUCCACAGGAUCUCAGGCGACUGUACAUAUCCACAGUAAAAUCUAUGUUAGUCAAGUCAUGUACUGCAUUGUACAAACCAAUGAUGCUGUUUAACUCAUAUGCCAAGCCCAUGCAAAGACAAGCCUGGAAUGUAAUGUAACAAUUUUGUUUAAUAAUGGCAAUGUUUUCAUUCACCAAGGACAUUAACAAUCCUAUUUUAAUAUUGCUGUCAAUCUUAAAUGUGUGUGUUAGAGAGAUGCCUUCCAUGGAUUGACUUUAAAGAAAAGAGAAAUCCGCACACUACUCUUGUUUUUUUUCAUUUUUAUUGAAGCAUUUAAGGCCAAGAGGCAGUCGGAAGUUUACAUACACUUAUGUUGGAGUCAUGAAAACAUGUUUUUCAAGAUCAUGAGGAAGGAAAAUUAUGUGGAUAUAUUGAAUCAACAUCUCAAGACAUCAGUUAAAGCUUGGUCGCA